AUGGAGUGGAGCUCCCAGCAGGUUCUAGCAGGUCCCUGCGGGCCCCAGUGGGUGCAGAAGAUCCCAGCAGGUCCCAGUGGCUCCCAGCAGGUCCCAGUGGCUCCCAGCAGGUCCCAGUGGUUCCCAGCUGGUCCCAGUGGCUCCCAGCAGGUCCCAGUUGGUUCCCAGCAGGUCCCAGUGGCUCCCAGCAGGUUCCAGUGGCUCCCAGCAGGUCCCAAGCCCUUCCCGGUGCGGCUGGCAGGGGGCCCCGGGCCCUGCGCGGGGCGCGUGGAGCUGCGGCGCGCGGGGCGCUGGGGCACCGUCUGCGACGACGACUGGGGGCUGCCCGACGCGGGGGUGGUCUGCAGGCAGCUGGGUUGUGGGCGCCCCCUGGCGGCGCCCGCCGGGGCCUGGUUCGGGGAGGGCUCGGGGCCCAUCUGGCUGAACGGAGUGCGGUGCCGCGGGCGGGAGCGUCGCCUGGCACAGUGCCCGCACCGCGGCUGGCGCCCGCACGUCUGUGCCCACGAGGAGGACGCCAGCGCCGUCUGCUCAGGGCACCGCUUCCAGCCCUUUGGCACCACUGAGCCGCCCUGGGCCACCACUACACCACCCACGGGCACCGUGCCGCAGGGUACCGCCUGCACCGGCAGCACCUGCACAGCCUCUCCCCCAGGUGAUGUCCUCCUGCGGCUGGUGGGAGGCACCGGCCGCUGUGCCGGGCGCCUGGAGGUCUUCCACGAGGGGCAUUGGGGCACUGUCUGCGACGACCUCUGGGGGCUGCCGGACGCGGGGGUGGUCUGCAGGCAGCUAGGCUGCGGCGCUGCCCUGGACGCCCCCCGGGCAGCUUUCUUCGGCGAGGGCAGUGGCCGCAUCUGGCUGGAUGAUGUCCGGUGCCAGGGCAACGAAUCCUCCCUGCUGCAGUGCUCGGCGGCCCCCUGGGGGGUCACCAACUGCCAGCACCGGGAGGACGCCGCCGUCGUCUGCGCAGGACACAGGGUCCUGGUGUCACCGACAGGGACUUCACCCAUGGCCAGCAGCCCCCAGGGCCCUGCUGGGCAGAGUCGAGUCGAUGCCAGCCAGGCCAGCACUGGGCGAGCUCCCCUCCGGGUGCUGAGGAUCAGUCGGCUGAAAGCAGAGCAGGACCCAGCUGGCAGCAUCCAGAGCACCAAGCCCAAGGCAGGGAAGGAUCCAGCUGGUGCCUCUGGGCCCAAGGCUGGAUGGGAUCCAGUGGGAGCUAACAGGUCCAAGGCAAGAUGGCAU